AUGCACGCCAUGAGUGACCCCGCUGCGUUGGCCGGCAUGCUACCCUUCGACUCCAUUGGGUUGUAUGAACAGCCCAAACCCCGGUUUAUCUUCAAGAUGCCUCGCGUAGUGCCCGAUCAAAAGGCUAAAUUUGAAUCGGACGACCUGUUCAAGCGACUGAGCCGAGAGAGCGAGGUAAGGUACACGGGAUACCGCGACCGUCCUCCAGAGGAGCGGCAGAUGCGCUUCACGAGCGGUUGCCGCGAGGGACACACUGAGAUUGCCUUCAUUUCAACGGGAACCAACUUGCAGCUCGUUUUCGAUCAUUCUCCUUACAACAACCGAGGAUGCGACUUUCAAAAGGAAAAUGGCAAGGUACAUAUUGUGUCCCGAUUUAUAAUGAAUGGAGUUUGCGUCCGAUGGCGCGGCUCUAUCGAUCUGGAGAAGCUCGAGGGCAUCGGCUGUCUGGAACUUGACGAGGAGAGGGCGGCCAUUGAAGAUGCCGCACUAAGGGACCAAAUCGAACGCUACAACCAGAGGCUGCGCGAUUUCGAGGACAAGCAACGGGCUUAUCGCGAACACGGGGAGGAGUUGCGCGCGCACUCCCACGUACACGCGCAACGCUGCCACCAGACGCGUCAGCCUCCCCACGCCGCGCACCCUUCUCAUCCCCAUCCAACUCACCCCGUCCACAUCAAGCCUCACUCUCAAGGCGCCCUUAUUUCU